AUGAUUGACUCAAGAUUAUGCGAAGAACUUGAGAAGAUGGAUGCUCCAGGGCUCCGCAAUCUUCUCAAGUUGGUCUGUGACAGCAAAGGCUUUUCUUUGAAGCAUCGUCAUGGAAAGCUUUUCGUCAAGCCGGAGAAGAUAUUCUUCGAAGUCGAUGGCUUUCAUGACGGCAAGCCUAGACUUACUAACUUCAGGGACUGCGAUAACUACAAGGAAAGAGAAAAGGAUGUUGAAAUCGAAGUUGAAGACGUGCCGAUCAAGUCCAAGUACGAAAUUCAUGACUUAGUCAAAGCCAACAAGAGAAAACAUCCGGACAACCCUACAAUGUUCAAAUGCAAUAACUGUUAUAAUUACUUCUGCAUCGACAACAAUCCGUCCAACGACUGUCUAUGGCAUCCAGGUCAAAGGACAACGGAUCCUGACGAUAUCAUAUGGGCAGAUCAUGAUCUGAAGAGAGACGGAGCAAUUGAGUCUCUUAUUGAUCACCCGGACUUCGAGGAUCGUUGGAUUUGGUCUUGCUGUUCACAAUUUGGAAGCGAUUGGGGUUGCAAGAACACGAGACACGAAGUGUUGGCAGAAGUCAAAGAGCCCAGAAACAUGUUCGAAACCACCCCCGAAGACUCAUUGAAUGACUACGAAGAUCAUGAUGGUUCCGACUCAUCUGAUGCAUCCGAGGACAUGCAAAAUAUUGAGGAACCGGCGGCCAAGAGGGCCAGAUAUGAUUGCGAUAGUGUGUACAGGAAACAGAAGACUAUACAAGGGUGUUGA